AUGGCGCUCUACGCCCGUGUCGCUACUCUGGCCGCGUGCCUCUUGUUUGCCUGCGCAUCAGCAGAUACGGAACGGAUGCACCGAUGGCGGCGACAGGCAGAGAACGCCACAGCUAAGAAAGAAGACAGUUUGGAACAAGAACUCUGCAAGAGCAAGGACGCCGGCGAAUGGUUCCGCCUGGUGACCGGCGAUGGCGACAGCUGUCGCGACGUCAUUCAGUGCACUGCCUCCGGUAUCCAAGCCAUCCGUUGUCCAGCUGGUUUGUUCUUUGAUAUUGAAAAACAGACCUGUGAUUGGAAAGACGCAGUCAAAAAUUGUCAAUUGAAGAGUAAGGAGCGUAAGGCAAAGCCUUUAUUAUACACUGACGAGCCUCUGUGUCAAGACGGUCAUCUCGCUUGUGGGGACAGGAACUGUAUCGAGCGUGGUUUGUUUUGUAACGGUGAAAAGGACUGUGCUGAUGGUUCUGACGAAAAUACUUGUGAUAUCGACAACGACCCCAACAGUGCGCCACCGUGCGACCCUUCUCAGUGUGUGCUGCCUGACUGCUUCUGCUCAGAAGAUGGUACUGUUAUCCCAGGUGAUCUACCCGCCAAAGAUGUCCCUCAGAUGAUCACCAUUACUUUUGAUGACGCUAUUAAUAACAACAACAUAGAAUUGUAUAAAGAAAUCUUUAACGGGAAACGUAAAAAUCCAAAUGGCUGCGACAUAAAAGCUACAUACUUCGUUUCACACAAGUACAGCAACUACUCUGCUGUCCAGGAAACUCAUAGGAAGGGCCAUGAAAUCGCCGUACACUCAAUCACGCACAAUGACGACGAACGCUUCUGGAGUAACGCUACAGUCGACGACUGGGGCAAGGAGAUGGCUGGCAUGAGAGUUAUCAUAGAGAAGUUCUCUAACAUUACGGACAACAGCGUAGUAGGUGUACGAGCACCGUAUCUACGUGUCGGUGGUAACAACCAGUUCACUAUGAUGGAAGAGCAAGCCUUCUUGUAUGACAGUACCAUUACGGCUCCCUUAUCAAACCCACCCCUAUGGCCCUACACUAUGUACUUCAGAAUGCCGCACCGCUGCCACGGUAACUUGCAGAGCUGUCCUACCAGGAGCCAUGCCGUCUGGGAAAUGGUAAUGAACGAACUUGACCGUCGCGAGGAUCCCAGCAAUGAUGAAUAUUUACCCGGAUGCGCUAUGGUUGACUCAUGUUCCAAUAUUUUGACAGGAGACCAGUUUUAUAACUUCUUAAACCACAAUUUUGACCGUCAUUAUGAACAAAAUAGGGCUCCAUUGGGACUUUAUUUCCAUGCCGCAUGGCUUAGAAAUAAUCCUGAAUUCUUGGAAGCAUUCUUGUACUGGGUCGAUGAAAUACUUGAAAGUCACAAUGACGUGUACUUCGUGACCAUGACUCAAGUAAUUCAAUGGAUUCAAAAUCCUCGCACGAUCAGCGAAGCUAAGAACUUUGAACCCUGGAGGGAAAAGUGUGCUGUUGAAGGUAUUCCCGCCUGUUGGGUACCCCACUCUUGCAAGCUUAUCUCUAAGGAGGUGCCCGGGGAAACCAUAAACCUGCAGACAUGCUUGAGAUGCCCAACCAACUACCCAUGGCUUAACGAUCCUACAGGUGACGGCCAUUAUUAA